AUGAGCUUCAUUUUCAGAAAUUUCUUUAGUAAACAACAUUUGUGCUCUGCUUUCAACUCUGCAGCCCUUAACCGCAUUCAAAGGGCCAGGGGCCCCCUGCCGUUGGCUACGUUACCCCAGCCACGUCACCUCCAUGUCGGGGAGCGGGCCUCGCUCACCAAGGCCUUCAGCGCCAGGGACGUGGCGCUCUUCGCCGAGCUCACCGGGGACGUAAACCCCAUUCACCUUGACCCGACCUACGCCAAGACCACGUCGUUCGAGAUGCCCAUCGUCCAUGGCGUGCUGAUAAAUGGACUGAUCUCGGCCAUCCUGGGGACCAAGAUGCCGGGGAGCGGCUGUGUCUUCCUGUACCAGGAGAUCAGGUUCCCGGCGCCGCUGUACAUCGGGGAGGAGGUGCUGGCUGAGGCAGAGGUGAAGAAGAUCAAGAUGUCGUUCGCCUUCAUCGCAGUGACCUGCUCUGUCAAAGAUAAAGUGGUCAUGGAGGGGGAGGUCAUGAUUAUGAUGCCAGAGGAUCAGCAACCAAGGGCGCGAUGAUGUUAAGUUGGAGGGAAUAUUGUAGCCUCAAAUCCCACUCCGUUUGUGCUAACAUUCCACUCCUUGUCAUGCCAAACAGCACUAACGGACUGCAUUUGAGGCUAGUUGGUGGAGAAUAUUGUAGUAUCUCUUGACAUGACAGACUUGAGCUAACGUGUGAUUUGGUUCUGGCGGGCAGGGAUUUAAAAAAAAAAUGUUGUGGUGAACCUGCUGAAAAGUACUUUUUGUUUAACUGGCUCUUGGAUAUCGUUUUUAUGUUUGUAUCGCUGGGUACCUGUGUGAUAGACAAUGUAUCCGUCUCACGGAUCUCUCUAGGAACAGCUCAGAGAUGUCUAUGUUGUGGGAUGUGCCUCACUGCCUCUCCAAAGCAUCUUCUGACAAAUGCCUGUUAAAUCAGUGGCAUUGGAAUGGUCCUUGUUUUGUGUGUGUGUGUUCUUAAUUUUCUGAUAACUGUUAUGGUCUUGUGCUCUUGUAUUACAAAUAAUUGUGCCCAAUGUUCUUAAGUUAAAUGAUUUAUUGAAUUUUUGGCUACUUUUGUUUGAUCAAAGAUCCUUCUUAGCAGUUGUUAAAUAAAUUGCAUUAUGAAGACCUAGGUCAAUGUAUGUAGGCAUACCUGAGUUCCAAAUAAAUUGAAUCUAAGCAUUUUAAA